AUGUCAUCUACUGCCCAGUCUCCUUCCACGAUUAAUCAUUGCAUAGAGCGAGAGAUUGAACGCUCUUCACAUAAUGAAGGACCUCACUUGACACUAAACUUAGAACCUACUUCGUUUUCAAAUGAGUACAACGCUUCAUCAAUGACUAAUUUGUUAGCAAAUUCUAAAUCAGUUUCCUCAAUUCCUAAUGUUUCAAAGAUUAACGUCACAGGAUCUUUUCUCAACUUUCUGAAUAAUCUUAAUAUCCCAUAUACAUUGACCAUAAAUGCUACUGCCAAGAAUUAUCAUUCUGGCUAUGAAAAUUUUUCUUCCGAUUCAUUUAAUGGAAUAGAUGAAUACGAUUUUUCCGAUGUUAAUACUACUUAUGUUGCAAAUUUGAAGAAAGGUUCCGUUAAUUGCAUAAAAUGCUCCAAAAAAACUACACGAACAAAAUGUAGGACGUGUAAUCUUGAUCCCACUUCUUUUAACUCGGAUAAAAGAAGUAGACCAUACCCAAAAAUUAAGUUAGAUGAAAAAAAUUCUCCGCGUUCCAGUCACAAGCAGGUAUAUUCACGUGCAACUGAAACAAUUGAAACAUUUAUUGCAUCACCAAUCCAUAAAACACAUCUGAAAGAAGAAAACCUUGAUAACGAUAAGAAUACAAUUAAUUCGUAUUCACAAAUGUUAAAAAUAUUCCUAAAAGAAAGAAGUAUAAAGAAUUUUGAUUUUUCACAAUUCAGCAAACGCGAAUUAAUUGGGCGUGGAGCACCUGCUAUGGUAUAUUCUGCUAACUUUAAAAGAAAAACAUACGCACUAAAAGAUCUAAACAAUAACCUAAUUAUGGAUAAAAAAACUUACAAAAAAUUUAUUCGUGAGAUUUUACGGGAUAUCAAAGGAGAGAAGGUUGUUGCUGGUACACCAAUAGGUUAUAAAGACCUCUUUAUGAAAUGUUGGUCUUCUGAUCCUAAUCAACGUCCAUCGUCGGUUAAAGUUUUUAAAAAACUUGAGAAACUAUCAACAGAAAUAAUUAUUGAAUCAAUUGUAAAUAUUAUAGAUAAUCGGACUUUUUAA